AUGGAUGUGCUUGAAUUGCCUCAUCCGGUUAUUAACUUUCUCCGCACAAUGACGAAGGAGAGUUGUCGUUAUGUACUGUCGUGGGACAUUUUCGGUGCGACGGAUUCAGUCACAUUGACACUCACAUGGAAAUUGAUUGAUGGCGAAUCGUCCCUGUUAACACCGAAAUGUUCGCAAGAAAUUCAAGAUUUCUCCACUAAGAGUAAUCAUUCCAUAUUAUCUUCGCAUCGUUCUCGUCGAGAUGAAACUCCUUUAAUUCGUGCGUCAAGAGGCAAAAGUCUUGAAGGAAAUAAUCCAAUGGCAGACAAACAAAUUGCUUUUUCUGCGCAACAUCAUGCAUCAAGUUCCGAACGUUCAUCAACAAUUAAUCAGCAACAGAAUGAAUCCGAGCCAAUCUACGCCAAUGUAUGUCGAAUUAAAUAUUCGACGAGUCCUUCAUCAUCGUCAUCCCUGCAUAAGCACCUACCUACAUCUAUCCCACAUCGAAAAGACAGAGCAUCAGUACCGAUUGUUGGAAAAUUAGUUUCGAAAUUUGCACGACCAAGUUAUAGUGCGCAUUCAACGAAUGACAAUAAUGGCGGUGAAGAUGAUACGGAUGAUCCGUGGGUGAAACGUUUUGACAAUCUACUAGAACGUACGCCUUCUGAUAUCAUAGAACAUUCGCCGCAAAAAACCAUUGAACCAAUUAUAGCGUCUGGUAGAGUUAAAUUUAAGAAAAAACCGGAAUAUAUCUGA